UUGCAUGAAGCAGCAGAACCCUGCGCUCAGGUACGCGCAGCCAAUGGGAGCGCAGGAGGGAGUGCUCAACAGCCGAGGGGCGGUCCGCCCCGGCUCAGACACAGCACACCUUCAGAUGGAGAUGAAGUAGCAGCGGCAGUCGAGCGACAGAGCAACACUAACGUCUGUACCGCGGAUCCGGAGGUUUUUCUUCAGGGGGGACAGGUGACAGAGCAGAGCGAGCGACCCUCAGCCGCCUCGGCGUCCAUCGGUGGAAAUUACUGCUGGUUCACCCCCCUCCCUCCCCCACCGCACACCCUCCCGAUUGCCACAAUAGAUGUUUCUCAACUACAUGCAUUUCGACCUGAUCAUCUAAGCCCAGUCCAGCACGAUGGAAAAUGCGCACACUAAAUCUGCGACUGAAGUUUUAGACAACUUCGGGGUGAACGAGAACACUGGGCUGACUCUGGAGCAAGUCAAAGUCCAUCUUGAGAGAUAUGGACCGAACGAGCUCCCAGCUGAAGAAGGGAAGUCCCUGUGGGAGCUGGUGGUGGAGCAGUUUGAGGACCUCCUGGUCAGGAUCCUGCUGCUAGCUGCCUGUGUCUCCUUUGUGUUGGCUUUGUUUGAGGAGGGAGAGGAGACAACCACCGCCUUUGUUGAGCCCCUUGUCAUUCUUCUUAUUCUCAUCGCCAACGCUGUUAUCGGGGUCUGGCAGGAGCGGAAUGCUGAGAAUGCCAUUGAGGCUCUGAAAGAGUAUGAACCAGAGAUGGGGAAGGUGUACCGCAUGAACCGCAAGGCGGUCCAGAGGAUCAAAGCCAGAGACAUCGUCCCAGGAGACAUCGUGGAGGUGGCAGUUGGUGACAAGGUACCUGCUGACAUCAGAGUGACCUCUAUCAAGUCCACAACGCUGCGAGUGGACCAGUCCAUCCUCACAGGGGAGUCUGUGUCCAUCAUCAAACACACUGACCCUGUCCCCGACCCCAGAGCUGUCAACCAAGACAAAAAGAACAUGCUGUUUUCUGGCACAAACAUCGCAGCGGGCCGUGCCAUAGGUGUUGUCGUUGCUACCGGCGUUUCCACAGAGAUCGGAAAGAUCCGUAAUCAGAUGGCAUCUACAGAACAAGAGAAGACGCCGCUGCAGCAAAAGCUGGAUGAGUUCGGCCAGCAGCUCUCCAAGGUCAUCUCCCUGAUCUGCGUGGCUGUGUGGGUCAUCAACAUUGGCCACUUCGGGGACCCCGUCCACGGUGGCUCUUGGGUCAGGGGGGCCAUCUAUUACUUCAAGAUCGCCGUGGCUCUGGCUGUGGCCGCCAUCCCCGAAGGCCUGCCUGCUGUCAUCACCACCUGCCUGGCCCUGGGCACGCGUCGCAUGGCCAAGAAGAAUGCCAUCGUCCGCAGUCUGCCCUCGGUAGAGACCUUGGGCUGUACCUCUGUGAUCUGCUCUGACAAGACCGGCACCCUCACCACCAACCAGAUGUCCGUCUGCAGAAUGUUCAUUGCAGACAAGGUGGAAGAUUCAAGCUGCACCCUCCAUGAGUUCUCUAUAACUGGGUCUACAUAUGCCCCUGAGGGACAAAUACUGAAAGGAGAGAGGCCCAUCCAGUGUGGAGACUAUGAUGGACUUUUGGAGUUGGCCACUGUGUGCUCUAUGUGCAAUGACUCCUCACUGGACUACAAUGAGGCCAAAGGGGUUUACGAGAAGGUGGGUGAAGCCACAGAGACGGCUCUCACCACCUUGGUGGAGAAGAUGAACGUCUUCAAGACUGACCUGUCCGGACUCAGCAAGGUGGAACGUGCCGGUUCCUGCAACUCGGUGAUCAGGCAGCUGAUGAAGAAGGAGUUCACCCUGGAGUUCUCUCGUGAUCGCAAGUCCAUGUCAGUCUACUGCACCCCCGUCAAGCCGGGCUCCCAGAGCAAGAUGUUCAUCAAGGGUGCUCCAGAGAGUGUGAUUGAGCGCUGUCAGUACCUGCGGGUGGGAACGGGGAAGGUGACACUGACACCAGGCCUGCGUGACCAGCUAAUGUCUAAGAUCAGGGACUGGGGGACAGGCAGGGACACCCUGCGCUGCCUAGCGCUGGCCACUCAUGACACCCCACCACGCAAAGAAGACAUGGACUUGGAGAAUUCCACCAAGUUUGUACAGUAUGAGUUGGGUCUCACGUUUGUUGGCUGUGUGGGCAUGCUCGACCCGCCCAGGAAGGAAGUGAUAGGGUCAGUGAAACUGUGCAACGAGGCAGGUAUACGUGUUAUCAUGAUCACAGGAGACAACAAGGGCACAGCUGUGGCCAUCUGCAGGCGAAUUGGCAUCUUCGGCGAGGACGAGGACGUGACAGGAAAGGCCUACACGGGCCGCGAGUUUGACGAUCUCCCGCCGGAGGCCCAGAGAGAAGCCGUCAAACGGGCGCGAUGCUUCGCCCGCGUCGAGCCUGCACACAAGUCUAAGAUCGUGGGAUACUUGCAAUCAUUCGACGAGAUCACUGCCAUGACAGGAGAUGGUGUGAACGAUGCCCCGGCCUUGAAGAAGGCAGAGAUUGGCAUCGCCAUGGGCUCCGGAACAGCAGUGGCCAAGUCAGCAUCUGAGAUGGUGCUGUCUGAUGAUAACUUCUCCACCAUAGUGGCUGCCGUGGAGGAGGGCAGAGCCAUCUACAACAACAUGAAGCAGUUCAUCAGAUACCUCAUCUCCUCUAACGUGGGAGAAGUCGUCUGCAUCUUCCUGACAGCCAUCCUGGGCCUCCCUGAGGCUUUGAUUCCAGUCCAGCUGCUGUGGGUUAAUCUGGUGACUGAUGGUCUGCCUGCCACCGCCCUGGGCUUUAACCCUCCAGACCUGGACAUCAUGGACAAACCUCCCCGCAACCCUAAGGAGCCUCUCAUCUCCGGCUGGCUCUUCUUCAGAUAUCUGGCCAUUGGAGGAUAUGUGGGUCUUGGAACAGUCGGAGCUGCCACAUGGUGGUACCUGUUUGAUGAAGAUGGCCCACAAGUGUCUUUCUAUCAGCUGAGACAUUUCAUGCAGUGUACUGAGGACAACCCCAUGUUCAAGAACAUUGACUGUGAGGUGUUUGAAUCCCGCUACCCCACCACCAUGGCCCUGUCUGUGCUGGUCACAAUCGAAAUGUUCAACGCACUCAACAGUUUGUCUGAGAACCAGUCGCUGGUCAGGAUGCCUCCCUGGGUCAACAUCUGGCUCCUGGGAGCCAUCAUCCUCUCCCUGUCCCUCCACUUCUUAAUCCUCUACGUUGAGCCUCUGCCGUUGAUCUUCCAGGUGACCCCCCUGCACUGGUCCCAGUGGAUCGUGGUCCUGAAGAUUUCCAUCCCAGUCAUCCUCCUGGAUGAGGCACUCAAAUAUAUAUCCAGGAACCAUCUAGAAGGUGAUGAAGAGAAGAAAUAUCGGAGGAGAUGGCAGCAGCUCAACUAAGACCUCUCCCUCGACACACUCACACACUUAGACACACGCCUAUCCUCUUCCCUGUACGAGCUAGGAGCCUUUUCUCUCCCCUGUCCUCAUUCCCCACUCCUGCAUGUCCAACACACCACCACUAGAAAUGAGCAGUGGCUUGCAUGAGAACGAGUGUGCAAGAAAGAGAGCAUGCGUGUUCCUGCGAGCAUGGCUUUGUACGAGUGUGUGAAUAAAUGAGCAGUGUGUGUGUGUGUGUGUGUGUGAACAGGCAGAUACAGGCCUGUCUUUAUAGUUGCGAGAGCGAGAAACAACCGCAGAAAAAGAUGAAACUGCCCGGGGCUCUGCUUUUUAAAGAUUUCUGCUCACUGGUUUUUUGACUGUACAGUACAAACAUAGUGGUGCAGUAACUGGACUUUGGGGAGGGAAGGAGAGGGAGGACAGGGGAGUGGAGGUUGAUAAUAUCGGGUGGAAGGGGAGGGAAGGAGAGGGGAGGGGGGGUUGAAGUUAGCACAGAGACCGAAAGAGAGAUUGAGAGGCCUGCCAUGGAGAAGAGACUGGUAAGAAAAGAGCAUCGGCGAGGAUGUGGAAGGAGAAAAGAGCUCCUGACCAGCGUGGAGAGCCGUCACACCGUAACGUUAUCUGGAGGUCCUGCCCCGUCCUCUGCCACCCACACUACUGGCACUCAGUUCCAGCCAGCUCUGCAAGAACACGGCCUUGUCAGCACAACACAAUUGUAUCUCUGGCCGGUUUGUCACAGCUGCUCCUUCGUCCCUCUCCGUCUUUUCUCUCACCACAUUACAAAGUCUAACUCCCGUCGACCGUGUUUUUUGCAGAGUGACUCUCCUCUCUGCGUCUCUCCGUCUCUCUUUCUCGCUCUCUGUUGAGGAGGCAGCUGUGGGCCCGGGGGUCCGCCACAAUAUCGGGCUCUCUAGUUAGGCUGUGGAGAUGUCACUCCACCUAAAGGUGUGAAUAGCUUUACGCUGCUUGGCCGCUUCCUUCGGCUCUUAAUUCGAGGAGCUGAGGUCAGCUCGCAGACUUGGUAAAAAAAAAAGAAACUUAUAAUUAAUAAAAUAAAUAAAAAUGUCAAACGUCAACCGAACCAGCAUAUCAGUAGAGUAGUUGCCAGCCAGUCCACCCAGCUGGUCCUGUUUAGCCUCACUGUACUGUCCAUCUGCUGUGCUGCCAUUGGAGUUUUAGCUGUCAGUUAUCUAAAUGAAAUGCAGAUCUGAACAGCAGGAUGAAGCUCCCGGACAUUUUGUGCAGAAUAAUUGUCUCGGAGCAUCAUGUUGUUGCUCUCCCUUUAAUGUAUUCACUUAGUCCUAACCCUGCACCAGCGCUAAGGUGUGUGUGUGCAUACAGUAUAGCCUUACUUGAAUUAAUUUGUCUAAUUUGUCUCCAUAGGCCUUUCAGGCGUUGAAUCGCACAGAUGAUGUAGUUAAAGUAAGUUAAGGAAUGGCAACUAAACUGCUUGAACGUCUCAGUCUCACUAGCUCGUGGAUCAUUAAUAGAUUAAGCACAUUGAACUCCAUGCCUUACACAGCCCACUGCACCUCCACAUUGGAUAUGUGGUCGAAAUGAAUGUGUUUCUGCUAACCUUUAAUUACCCUUUGACCCACCACCACCGCUCUCACUCAUGCGUGCCCUAACAGUCAUAUCCAUACUGAUCACUUGAGGUCUCGAAGACUCUGAAUGUCCACCUGGACUGAGGCAUGUUUGAUAGGAAGCCUGUUCUGCUUUGUGCGCUGCUCCCUCAGCUCCUCCUGCUCUCUCAGUGCUUUAGUGACUCACUUGGGUAUUGUUUUCUAAUGACUAAAUAGUAAUGUAUUUGACUGAAUGAACCCACAGGGUUUGGAUUGUGUCUUUAAGUCUUAAUAAUGGGUUUUGUGUUGGGCCCUGGUGCUCUGUGGACUGGGUCAGCGGUGUGUUUGGUCUCUUGUUGCUUCCACAUAGGACAGAGGAGAGCGUGCACAUAAAAACAAACAAAAAGAAAACUUAAUAAAGGUGCUGGAUCAGAAACAUGAACCUGUGCUCUCUCACUCGCUUCCAUUAAAUUCAAAUAUAUUUAACAAAGCAAUGUGUGAUUGCAGAGCUUCAAGGCACCUGUUGCCUGGUGAAGAUAUUUGUCCAAUUUUCUUUGAAUUAAAUUAUCUGGGAGUUAUCUUUCUUUUUCCUCCCUUUUCUUGUUUCCAGAGCUGAUCUCAGUCCGAGUGUGGUUCAGAAUCUAAAGGAAAGUCUGCUUUGUUGCUUAGUGAUAUUUUUCUCUUACUCCAGGGAAUAACUAGCCAAACAUGGAUGGCAUGACAUCAUUGAAUCCAGACAUUUCCAGCUCCACAUGCUCUCUGGGGUCACUCUUGGAAGUGUACAGUAGGAAGUCACUCAACUGAUGAAGCAAAUUGAGGGAAAGUAAAGUAGAAAGUUGAUUAAAACUACAAAAAAAACUGCAGUGAGGUUUUGCACAUCACAGCCUGAUGGCUGUGACAAUGUGAGAAGACCACAGGCUGGAUUUUAUCUCAAAUAAAUAACGGCUUGAUUUUGAUUAUACUUGACACGAAACAGCUGUUAUGUUGUCUGAUUUCAUCAGUUCUUUAUUAAGUUUUUUUCACCACCCUGAGAAUGUGGCACCUCUGUCCAGACCACCUGUCCCUGUCCCAGGUCUCCAUGGCUCUGUAACAUGCUGGCACUCUGGCCACCAGGCACUAUAGGUCUGUAUAGCCUUGUUAUUUACUACUGAAUCCUCAACUCUGUACAGAAGAUGAGAAUAUGAUCGCAUGGAACCUUGUUACUGUAAUAAUAACCUAUACAGUAUAUAAUAUUUAAUUUUUUGAUAACUUACAUCAAUGAAACUUACUUACCAACAACAGACAGACUUGCGAGAAACCAUUUUUUUUAAUUUUUCUUUGAGCACAUGAUAUCUAAGGAUCUCGUUUUUUUGUUUUGUAGAAUAGAAAGGUUGUUUCUUCGUUGUUCCCGUUUGGUUUUUACAGUUGCUGGGGUUUUGUGUCUUUUACUGUAGGGAAAAGAAUAUGACGUUACCAUGUUUAAGAUAGACAAGAAUCAUGCUUACGCUAAUUAGUGAUGAUGAUGCUGAUGGUGUCAGCGAUAGUUAUCCGGUGUGAGGAUGUUCAAGAAUUUGUGAAUGAACUGUGUCUGGUUUACACUGAGCGAUAAGCAGUGAUGAAUCCUGGGUUAUGAAGUUUCUGACUGUACAUUGAAGGGCUUGGUGUGGAUGCAGGCUCUAGAGACCCGUGACAAUCCUUUUGGGUCUGACAACUCUUCCAGCAUGGAAUUCAAAGUCCUCUACAUCUGUAAAAAUAUAUAUACCAACGGUGAAGGAGUGAUCAGGUUCAUAUCAGUAACAUCUGACCAACGGUUCCCCCUUUCCUCUGUCUGCAUAGGCAAGUAAACAGUCUCUAGAGCCCGAGUUCCACCUCUGAGAAAUUAAAAGGAUUCUCUGUAUUGCCUUGUUAAUAUUAAUUGUGGACACAUAAUUUUAUAAAUGACAAAGACGUGGAAAUAAAGAUAAUUUAUCUUGUUA